AGAAGAGGCUUUCUUAUUAAUUGGUAAACAUUAAACACGCUAGACUUGCGAAGAAUUCAGGGCAGUUCGUGAGUAACAUGUUUGAUAUGGACGAGUAGCUAGGGAGUACUGAUCUGUCCUUGAAAUUUGACCCUCGCCGGCGAUCAAAAGGUGGUCUUCGCGCGGAAAUUUCACAUUAUGACACCAAAAUCUGAUUGGCUAGUCUCUACAUUCCUCAAAUUCAUUCAGGCAUAUCGUCUUUCCCGUGGCGAAUUCCCUGAGCUUCUGUUGUCGCUUUUCUUCAGCCAUAACAUCAUUCCUGGGACAAUUUUUCUUUCCUUUGAUCGUUCGUUUACCUUUGCUAGUACGGUGUGAGACGAACUGACGCACUGAAGACUUUACUGUUCGAUCAAAGAGGGUAAAUUUCUGUGAAAGCACUCACCGCUGGAAUCUUGACAACUCAAUUCAAGGUGGUUGUAAUUUGCAUGCUUUGUGCAAGAUCGGAGCUUCUGUCUAGAUAGUUUGGUCCAAACUCUGCGACAGUAAUUCGUUCUCUUACCUCUUCAAGGCAAAGGAUCUUAGCUUUCGGAAGAAGAAGAUUCUCGACUUUGAGUUGUGGGUGGCACGUACAAAACAUUUGUUUUAGCACUUCACAGAGAAGAAAAUCCUCCUGGCUUUCCUGCACGUGGGAACAUAAUGGCAAAGUUUUGGAGAAUUGCUUCGAUUGUACUGCUUUGUUUAGUUUAUCAAGUUAUCAGUCAAAAUGGCAACACCCAAUGUGACAGGCGUAGUUGUUACCCAGCCACUGGGGACCUUUUGAUUGGUCGUGCUGAUCAGCUGAUAGCCUCCUCAACAUGCGGCAUGGAUGGUCCCGAGGACUACUGCAUUGUGUCUCAUCUUCAAGAUAAUCCAGAGGAGUGUUUUGUCUGUGACGCGACUAUUCCAAAGCUAAGCCAUGAACCGAGGAAAAUGAUCUCAAAUUUCAAUGGAAGAACAGAGAAGACCUGGUGGCAAUCACAAAAUAUCAAAGAAGAUGUGUACCUUCAGCUUGAUCUGGAAGCUCAGUUUCACUUUACUCACAUGGUAAUGACGUUCCGCACAUUCCGUCCCGCUGGCAUGGUUAUUGAACGGUCAUGGGACUAUGGCAGAAACUGGAAUGUUUAUCGAUACUAUGCUGCAGACUGUAAGCAGACAUUCCCUGACAUUCCAAAUAGGCCACAGGAAGAUGUGGAUGAUGUUGUGUGUACAGAGGAUUUCUCAUCAGUAGAACCAUCGUCAAAUGGAGAGGUCAUCUUCAGGGCACUUAAUCCUCAAAUCCCAGUGAAGAACCCAUACAGUGAAAAAGUCCAGAACUUGCUGAAGGUGACCAACAUACGGAUCAACUUCACCAAGCUACACACCCUGGGAGAUCUGGUACUUGAUCCAACCAAACCAGAAGCCAGACUUAAGUACUACUAUGCAGUGUAUGAUCUGGUGAUUCGAGGAAGCUGUUCAUGUUAUGGACAUGCUGAGCAGUGUCUUCCACUGCCAGGAGAACCUGAUACUCCUGGAAUGGUACACGGACAGUGUGACUGUGCUCACAACACAGAAGGAAAGAACUGUGAGCGUUGCAAAGCAGGUUAUAAUGACAGACCAUGGAGACCUGCAACUGCUGAAGACUCCAAUGAAUGUAGAAGUACGUGUUUUUUUGAUAAAAUGGUCCCAGUUGUUUGAAAGGUAGAUAAAUCUAUCUACAGGAAAAA